AUGCAAAACGCACACACAACAUCAUCUUCUCAACAACAAGACGAAGAAUUUCAUCUCGUAGUCUCAAAAAAGGGAGGAGGCAGAAGAGCAUUCAGAGGAGGAAUGAACAGCAACAACAACAAAUUCCGAAAUAACAAAAAACAAGGCACAUCCGAGAAGUCUAAUGAAGGAGCUAGAAAAGAAAGCAGUAGUGGCAAGAAAACUGUGGCUACACAAAUGCCAUCAGCACAAGUUGUUGUGAGAUCUUCCGACAACAACAAGCAAGCAGCAACAGCAAUUGCCGGCUCGUACUCUGCUGCUGUAAUUUCGUCAUCACCAACAUUGGCUCAUUCAUCAACAACCAAUGUUGCCUCUUCUCAAAAGACAUCUCCAACCUUCUAUGCCUCUCAUACCACCUCCAACCGUCAUUCAAAGCCACAGGGAGACAAUAGGAAGAAAAAAGAUUUCAACAAACCAUCUUCCGCACAUUCCACCCAAGUGGAAGAAAAACGUGAGAAAGUAAUUUCAUCAUCAAAAAGAAAUGAAAAAAAUCAACAAGUAGUAGCACGUAGAGGGGGUGCUAAAACUACUGCACAAUUCUUCAUAAUUAGAAAACCAUUGAACCAAGAAAUGAUUAAUUAUUCUCAAAGUAAUAGUUUAAAACCAAUCAUUCCAAACGAGCCCGAAGAUGAGAUGGGAAAGUCUUUUUACAAAUGUUUAAAGUCUUUUGUUGAAGAUGAAAAGGCUCAUGUCUUUGAUUUUUCCAACACUUUAAACCUCGCUCAAAGAAAGAGAGUUCAUUCCCUUGCAGAAGAGUUCAAUUUGGACCACUUUUCUAGAGGUUCAAACCCUUUCCGUUAUAUUUGUGUUUCUAAGCGAAACCUUAAGAUGAGAGAUGAAUUCCAAUAUUUUGGAUACAUUGGAUUGUUUGGGCACUCGAUUGAUGAACUAGUUAAAAAAUACAACAUUAAUCCUGAUAUGUCAGACAAUCAACCAUUAUUGCAAAAGAGAAUUAAACGCGACGGACCUAUACACCAUAUAACAUUAAUGACUCGACCUGAAAUUAAUACAGCCCUAAAGAAUUUAGAAUCAUCUAGAGAAUUAGAGCAUUUAUUUAACGAGAACCAAAAACAGAUAUUGAAACAAGGCUCUGAAGAGGAAAAGAUUGAAAUUUUAAUGCAUGCUAUUUCUAAAGUUGUUACUAAUGAUUAUCAUGCCAUUGGACUUGGUAAAGUCUCACAAGAAGAAUCAGCUCAUAUGAACGACGUUCUUGCAUUGCCUUCAUCACAAUCAUCAAACGAUCAAAAACAAAAGAAUGAUGCCUACUUUGUCAUUAUUGAUUGGCCGAGUGCUCAACGUUUGAGAGCUACACUUGGAUUGGAACCUUAUCAUUUUCACAUCACCGUUGCCUAUAAGUAUGGAGAUAUUCACGGAGUUGUAAAAGAUAGAUCGACAAUAGUUCCUAAGGAGUCAGUCUUUGAAAUUAGUGACGAAUAUAUCGCUAGAAAAGAGUUAGAAAUGGCAUCAUUUUUGAAGUAUCUGAAUGUAGAUCCCAGAUAUGCUCACACUUUCAUUUCUCUUGGUUGGUACAAUUUGGGUUGUUUGGAUGUGUUAACAAGAGACAAAAUGGAUUUGAAUGAUAUUGGAGUUCUUGAAGAGGACCAGCAAAAGAUACUUUCAUUCCUCAAAGACUUUUCCAACAAUCUUAAGAAGUACAAAACUUUGAGUGGAAAGUAG